AGAGAGAGAGAGCAAAGCGGUUGACGGGACUACAAAAAGAGAACAGGAAAAAAAUGGUCACAUUUCUCAGGCACCUGAAAACGUGCUGGUUAUUUUAGGACUCGUGUUGCUUAUUGAUGAGUGGGGGAGUGUUUAAACUACUUCCACUCCGGUCAUGUUUUGAUUGUGACUGUACAUGGCAAGCAGCUGAAAGCGUCAGGACCUCUGUAAUUUAGAGAAGCCCUUCACAGUGGUAUCUCACCACAACCUGGCAGCAUAGGUGUGCAGACGGAGAAGCCGAGCUGUCCUUUGCUGUCUCUUCACCUCGGGACAUUAUUUUGGAGCAGUUCUGCUCUAAUUUCCCUUUUUGAAUAUUUAUUUCUCUUGUUCUUCGCUGACCGGGUUUUUUCUGAACAACCCCUUCGCCCCGCGCACACUGCUGUUGGUCUGAGUUUUUUGGAUACACUCUGGCAGUCCUUUGACUCUUUCGCCUAUAAUAUCAACGAACCUCAUCCUUAGCGACCACAGGCAGCCGGUCCAGCACCAGACGCCCACAAUUAAGCAGCACGGAACCACUGAGCGACAUCCACCUACUCAGAAACAUGGAGCACAGUCCUGGUGGUGGCGUUAUCCUGUACGCUGGCUCUUCCGGCAGCUCCAGCCCGAGUCCUGGCAGCCCCUCAAGUGGAUACCAGACCCAGUCGCCCUCCUCUCACUCGCAGCCUUCCUCCCCAGAGGGUGUCUCCUUUCAGGAGAUUGGGCCCCCGAAGCAGAGAGGGGAACGCAGGGGAGGGACGCCUUCCCCGAAAUUGGUCUUCCAGUUUCCUGAAGGAAACAAUGCUCCCGCUGCCCAAAUAACCACGGUGUCGUCUGCAACCUACAGCCAUCCCACAGUGGCCAAAAGACCUUGUGGUUUCACAGGAACGUUCACCAAAACCGGAGGUAUGGUGCUUCUGUGUAAGGUGUGCGGGGACAUCGCCUCUGGGUUCCAUUAUGGCGUGCACGCCUGUGAAGGCUGCAAGGGUUUCUUCAGACGCAGUAUUCAGCAGAAUAUCCACUACAAGAUGUGUGUGAAGAAUGAAAACUGUCUCAUCAUGCGCAUGAACAGAAACCGGUGCCAGCACUGCCGCUUUAAGAAGUGUCUCUCCGUGGGCAUGUCCAGAGAUGCUGUGCGUUUUGGGCGUAUUCCCAAGCGGGAGAAGCAGAGACUAUUGGAUGAGAUGCAGAGUUACAUGAACAGCCUCAAUGAAUCAGCUUCCAUGGAAAUGGAGGUGUCGCCUCCAACCGACGCCGCCUGCAGUCCCCACAACCAGACGAACGAGGGAGCGGGCUCCAUAUCGCAGUCUUACCACAGCAACUUAAUGAUCAGAGACGAGAAGCCGCCCAAGAUGGCCAUCGGCAACAGCAACAUUGGCACUUCCUCUUUCCACAGCAACUCAGCGCAGCAGCAGCAGCAGCCGUCACUGUCUCACUCAGCCACCCAGACUCACCACACAGUCCACGGGGAGCAGGCGAGCUACCACAUCGCCACAGGCUGCCCCGUUUCCUCCACCAGCAAUGAGAACUCCGCCAUUGUCGACAACGCCAAGUACACCUUCUCCUCCAAUCAGAGCCAGUGCCCCGUCAGCGGCCGCAUAUCAUCUCAAUCCUACUCAGCCAAUCACAACAGCUACCCAGCCAGUGAUUCCCACAACCAAAGCCCCUGUCCCUGGAAGCUGAACGGAGGAGCCAAAGUGCUGGCAUGUCCACUCAACUCAUGUCCUGUGGCUCCGGCCAGUCGCUCCAGUCAGGAGGUGUGGGAGUCUUUCUCCCAGUGCUUCACCCCCGCUGUUAAAGAAGUAGUGGAGUUUGCAAAGAGCAUCCCGGGGUUCCAGUCCCUCAGCCAGCAUGAUCAGGUCAUGCUGCUCAAAUCCGGCACUUUCCAGGUUCUGAUGGUGAGAUUCUGCUCACUGUUUGACCCCAAGGAGAGGACCGUGACCUUCCUCAAUGGGCAGACAUACUCACUGGCAUCACUCAGGGCUCUCGGGAUGGGCUCCUUACUUGAUGCCAUGUUUGAAUUCAGCGAGAAGCUGGGAUCUCUGUGUCUGGAGCCAGACGAGAUGGCUCUCUUCAUGGCCGUCGUGCUGGUUUCUGCUGAUCGCUCUGGUAUCGUGGAGAUGGCAGCUGUGGAGCAACUGCAGGAGAAUCUAAUAAAAGCUCUGCGCUCUCUCAUCACCAGUCGCCGCCCAGACGAUAGCACCCUCUUCCCAAAGUUGCUGCUACGUCUGCCGGACCUGCGCACCCUGAACAACCACCACUCUGACAAGCUUUUAGCUUUCCGCAUAGAUCCCUGAGUUCAACGAGCAAAAAAAGCUUCCUGAGGUAUCCGCUUUGGGGAGCCUCCCUGCUCCCCCAUGCGAGCCUGGCCUGCCACAUACGGCCCACUGGCCUCUGCAUGAUGGACAGUUGUUGAGAGAGCUGUGCCCAGUCUGAUGCCAUGAGAGAGUGAACAUUAAAAAAAAAAACAAAAAAAAAAAACAGUGAAGGACGCGGGCACAGCAGGAAGAGGAGAGGCUCCUGAACUACUUCUUCCUCCAGUUCCAGGAUCGCUAAAACAAACAUUAAAACACAGACUACGUUCUUCCUUGGGUGCUUCCGAGUCAACAUCCAAACCACCGAGUCGCCGCCUCUCCCUCAGGGAGUUUGUGCUGAAGACCAAAAAGAAGCGAGAGCCUGUUGUUCCUCACCAGACUUUGUCCUCCGACUCCAGCACACAAAGCUAACACGAGGGAAGCACACACUCUCGCCCAGAGAAAAAGGAACAUGUACAAACCUUCACCGACAACGAUUUCUUACUGUACAUUCAUGCUACGAUGUGUAAGGGGCACUUUCCAUACAUUAAGAAGUCCUCCUAAAUCAAUAUAUAGCAUAGCAAUAGAAAUGUCUAAUACACAGUUGGGAGGGUGCCCAGUUGAAAUGACAUAAGCUAUUUUCACAAAAUGUCUCCACGUGGGAAAUCUUAAUGAAAAUCACCCAUUUGUGAUUGAGAAAUGUAUAACAUUUUUAAGAAAUGAGAGUAAAUGCAUUGUGUUUGUAUGCGGUAAUCAGGGAGCAGUUAUUGGUCAUUUUAGACCGUGUCUGAUGGGAUAUAUGUUGAGGUGUUUCCUUGUAAAUUUUGUACAUUACCUUUAUUCUUGGUCCUCGUUAUAGUUUGCAGAUUCUUGGAUAUGUAAAUGAAGCUAGUAUUGAAUUAUCGUAUGUAUAUCACACAUAAUAGAUUGCUCUACAGACUGCAAAAGAGAAAUCAGCAUUUCAACCUGACAGAGUAUAAACUUUUUAUUUGAAGAUAUAUAAUUGAAAUAAAUGUGUUCUCAACUGACUGCAUCACCUUGUGAAUAUUUUGUAAAUGUUUUAUGGUUGCACCAUAGAGUAUCAUUAUUAAAUAAUGUUAUAUAGCA